AUGGACAAUGCCGAGUUUUCAGAUCAAUACGACCCCUCGUUAUCCCAGGAAACACCCACGGAAUUAUAUCGACGCCCAUCCACUGAAGACGAUGGAAGAGCAUCAAAGAAGGCAAGGGCAAGCAAGCCCAAGGCUAGAAGAGUAAAAUGCGACGAGACAAAACCGCAUUGUGUCCGAUGCCAAAAAUUUGGCAUAGGCUGUGAUGGAUAUGCCACUGAACCUCAACAGUCCCGCGGUCUACUUCAACUCCGACCCCGAAUUCCAUCCGUGGGCCAAUACACUCCCAGCGUGUCUACCCACGAGACAGAAGAGGAAAGCCGAUACUUCCAAGUCUUUGCUGAACACAUGGCGCAUGAACUCCCCGGCUUCUUUGAGGGGACGAUCAGCAGCAACUUCUGGACCCAACUCAUUCUGCAAGAGAGCCACAAUGUGACAUCCAUUCGCCAUGCCAUAAUAGCUCUUGGAGCUCUGAGGAAGAGCCUGGAUAACGCGCCUAGAUCUCAUCUCAAAGUCAACAUCAUCCAGGAUAUUGAUAAGAAGCAUCAUGAACAGGCAGUUCUUCAACACCUCAAGGCAAUCCAGGCUUUGAAUCAAUACAUCUCCUCGUCAAACUCUCCUCAGCUUCGAAAUGCGCUCAUUACCUGUCUGCUGUUUAUCUGCUUCGAGCAAUUUCAGGGAAGCUUUUCAUCCGCCCAGCAGCAAGUCUAUGGAGGCCUCAAAAUGCUCCAAAGCUACUACACCGGCAAGUCAGGGUCUCGGGCUGCAGCCCAGCUCCGACGAUCUACAAGCCAAAAUAGCAGACCUAUGUCCGAGGCUUUGUCAAAGAUUUUGGACCUUCAGGUUGGAUUUGGAAUUGACACACAGGACAGGAUUAUCGUUUCGCAUGUAGAGGAAUAUCUUGAUUCGACGACGAGCUCCGGACCAGUUAUAGAAAUCGAGGGCCCUUCACCGGAGCGUGCUUCCUCCGAGCCAAGAGAAAUGCCUCCUUUCGAGGCGAGUCAUCUGAGUGCUGACGCAAUGGAGACAAGUAUCGACUUUAGACCGCAGAUACAACGGGCAUUGUCUAUGCAUGCCCAGGAUCACCAUCUGGACGUGCCAUCCAGCUACGCGUCAAAUGUUACUUUGCAGCCUCUAGAUCAACCUGACUUGACAAGUCUUUCCAUUCAACAGACCUUGUCGAGCGGGUCAUCCUCUGUGGCUUCAUCUCCACCAAGCGGGCUCCAGGCACCUCCAUCUCCAAUACCAUCAUCAAGCAGGAAACGACCAACUAGUACAAGAACCACACCUACGCCACUACUCCUGCAAAGUAACGUAAAGAUUGAAGACAUUCUCGUUCAGACGUUCGUGAGGGUCGAUGGAUAUUGCCUUUUCUUUGGUAACAACCCCGGAAUUCCACCCCUGAUUUGGGACGUCGACAAAGUCCACCAUAUCCCAGUCCCUGUCUUUUUCCAAGACUUCCACUCUGCCCAUCGAUGCUGGGAUACUCUCAUGGACCGCGCUCUGCAAUUUUGUCGCCGUACUCUGUUCGAUCGGGCCUACUCUCCUGCUUCUCGCGACUCCCCUUCUUCAAUAGCACGCCAGCAUACAUCUUGGCAGAAACAGCUCUCGGCUUUCGAGACUACCUUUCAACCUAUUCUUGACGGUGCUAUCCAGCUUGACGGCAUAGUGAGCAAUUCUGCUGCUCUUGUCAUAUCGUUGGCCCAGAAAUGCGUUUCCAUACUAUUGAGGCGCGUGCUUCGAGAUUCUGAGAUGGUUUUCGAUGCAGCACUUUCGGACUUUCAAUACAUAGUGCGUACCUGUGCGCUAUUGCUCUCGUCGCAAGAACAGACUCAACUGCCUCGGAAUCCGCGUUUUAGUUUCGAAAUUGGUGUCAUUCCCGCGCUUCACCUCGUCGCAACGAAAUGCCGAGAUCCAGUCACAAGGCGAGAAGCUGUAGACUUGCUCUGGUCAAAUCCAAGACAAGAAGGAAUGUGGGAUAGUGUGAUAUGCGCAAGGAUGGGCCUUUGGAUCUUAAAUUCCGAGGAAGCUGGUCUUGUGACCCCUCAACUUCCCCUUAGGAACUCGAGCAUGCCUGGUUUGUGGAAGGCACAUUCAAUAGGCUACCAAUACAGCAAUCCAGACACACCAUUCUUUGGAGCGAAUACGGGGUCUUCAGGGUUUUCCGAAGCGGGAACAACGGUCACUGAAAGUGUCCACCAAGGAUCUCGGAUGGACGAGUUUGCAUCUAGUAGCGGUGGCGAUGUUCUGGUUCAUCGUGGAAAACCGUCCAAUCUGAGGCAGCAGAUCCCGCGUAAGGAUAAAGGAAAGGGGAAAGCACCCACAAAUGCGGGAAAAGGCUGGGUUGUUCCAGAAGAGAACAGGGUGCAACUGAGAGCGUAUAAGUUUUAUAUCCCGGAACGUCACGUCAACGUCAGAGUACAGAAGGGAUUGCUUACAAGGGGCGGAUCCCGCGAAGAAAUGGAGACCGUUCUUGCCUGGUGA